AUGUGGAUACGGCCAGCCACGAUGCUGGCGACGGCAAUGCGCGCCGGCGCGCUCGCCUCGGGCAGUCGCGUGGUCCUCGGGGCCAAUGCCGCAGCCAGCCGUCUCGUCCUCGCAGCCCGCCCCAUGGCGACGGCCGCGGCGAAGAAGUCCACCUCCACCACCACCCGUCGUGCAGCAUCGGCAGAAAAAUCGGCUUCAAAGAAGGCCGCGGCCAAGCCCAAGGCAAAGGCGGUGAAGAAGACGCCCGAAAAGGCCCGCAAGCAGCCCAAAUCGCCGGAGCAGCAGCAGGCCGCGAAGGAGCGCGCAGAGAAGAAGAAACUGAUUGAAGCGGGCCUCUUCACCGAGCCGGCAACCGAGCCGACCACCCCGACUCGGGUGUUUGCGAAGCAGUGGUGCGCUAAGCCUCGGACCCCAGGGACCACUACAAAGUUCCGGGAAAUGCACGCUGCGUUUAAAAAUCUGUCUCCCGCUGAGCUACAGGAAUACGAAGAGAUCGCGGCCAAGAACAAGCUCGCCAACGAAGUUGCCUACAAGGCCUGGGUUCAAUCGCAUACGCCCGCCCAGAUAAAAGCUGCCAACAAGGCCCGCAGUCGCCUCGCUCGCGUGUUCAAGAUGAAGAGUGUCAAGAAAACACUGCUUGCCAGAGGUAUCAAGGACCACCGUAUUCCGAUCGCCCCUCUGACGGCCUAUAUGAUCUUUGUGCAGAGCAAAAUGAAAGCUGCAUCAGUAACGAGCCCGACAGACGCCCGACAGAACAUAUCCGAGGCGGCUUCCGAAUGGAAAAACUUAUCGGCCACUGAACGCAAGGUCUAUGAGGACAUCGCCCAGGCCGAGAAGGUCAAGUAUGAGAAGGCCAAGAAGGAAUUUGAUCUAUCUUGGAACUAG